AUGACCUUUUUCUUUCUGUGGGCAUUACAAGAUAAGAUUGAUUUUGACUCUAUUCAUUGAUUAAUUGAGGAAACACAUAUAUUCCAGAUGCAGCAAUCAUCCAUUAAAGCUUACUGUGAUGUGGUAGACUCUGCCUUCUCCAAUAAAGAUGACCAUAAUUUCUCCUUGCCAUUAUACGGAGUAGAACCUCAUGUCAUCCACAAUAACAGUGCUCACUCACUCUUCACUAGAAAAUGGGAUAUUUGCAAAGAACUUUGCUUGAGGGAGUUAGAAGAAGUCAAGGCCAGAGCUGCUCAGAUGGAAAAGACGGGAUGGAGGUCAGACUGCAGUGCCAAGUAGAGGGAAAAGUGGAGCAAAAUCAGAGCUGAAAGGAACAGUGCCAGGGAGGAAGGAAGGCAACUGAGAAUAAGAUUAGAGAUGGCAAUGAUAGAACUGAGAGUGCUGAAAAAGAAGCAGAGACUGAUACCUCAGAAGCAGCUUUAUGAAGCUUAUGCCUUUCAGGAACUGGAGCUUCCUAGGUGCUUAGAUGCAUCCUAUGAUCAGAGAGACUGCAAUUCAUACAGGGAUGAAUCUGAAGAGGAUGUGGCUAUUGAUCCACCAAGAAUAAAUGAGGCAAUAAAACCCCACCUACACUUUAGAGAUUCAUUCAAGAAUGAUGGUUCACAAAUCUGUGCAGUGACUCAUGAGCUCAAGCUACAAGGAGUGAAUUUGCUCUUAGAGAAGGAAUUAACUGAAAUUUCACCCCUAUAGCCACACUUGGCUAGCUUUCAAAUUAUCUUAAGGAAGGAAAGAGAAUAA